GAGUCCGGGCGAACAAGACGCGCGGCACGUCGCUCGUUAGCCGGCGCAGCCGCGAGCCACCGUCCACACGGGCUGCGCUAGCCGGAGGUAGGACGUUCGCUUUCCACUUGGCUACGAGGGCAUCGCUCGACGUACGUCCACGUUUCCGAAUCGUUUCGUGUGCGCUCGGCUGCUGCUAAGAGUGCGUGUGCGCGUACGCACAGUGACGGUGCGUCUUCUUAGCUUGACUGUUAGCAGUGCCAUCGCGUUUUGUGUGUAGCCGUGCUUUCGGAAAGGCAAACUCAAUGCAAAUCAGUGGGUGUGCCUGCGACGACGCUUUUUCCAACUGAGCCGUCGGUUACCGUGUUGCUUGCGCAAGAGUUCUAGUGACCUGCCGCUAAGCGUCCCUUUGGGCCCUGUUAUACUGGCCCCCCAAACACGAAUUUUUUCUGAGCACGUGCGCCCCACGUAUCCUCAAGAUGUUUGUGGAUAUCUCGUCUGACUUAGCCCACUCCUCACGAUUUUGUUAGCGUAUGUUGAAAUGAUUCAAGUCCAUACGUAUUGCGAUUUAUUAUAAAGCGGGCAUCCUAUUGAAGAAAAAAAAACGCCUUGGGCAGAGCGGGGUGAAAGCUUAAUGCGUGUACCUGUGGAGCUGUCCUUUCAAGCACAUGGUCAGUGCCGGUCAGGCGAAACCGGUGCCAAUUUCGACAUAAGCAACUGCAUUUCGUGUCUGCUGCCCUGCGCUUUGUUCAGACGCUGGCUUUGAAACUCUGUCUGCUGAUCCUUAAUUUUGAUACUGAAAACCGACGUUGGCAUUACACAUACUGCCGCCGUGCAGCUACGUCUUCUGGUUGCUAUGCAGUCACUACAAAGCACGAACGCGUCAUUUACGAAUCCUAAGAAAUUGCUUUCACUAUAGAGGUGCACAACUCACUUAAGCAUCAGCAACUAGAGGCUACAAGUUACGAGAGCUCGUGGUGCGCUGUCAUGCACCUCCUGGGUAGGAACUUCCUUGUGGACAGCGCAGAAAACGGCAAAACGACAAGUACCGGCCGCCCCGUAUAUGCCUGAACGGUGGCAUCCCUCGACGAAGCAUUCUCCGUAGUGUACCUAGUUUCAUCCACCGACGCCGACGGGUCGACGACGUUUCAGCUCCGCUUUUCGUUCUCCUCGGAGAGAUGGCACUCGCGUCGGUGGAAGCGCCGGAGAAACCGGGCCACGUGGAGCACGCACCCGUGGCACGGGACGGCUGAUGCCGCCGCCGGGGUCGUCGCGGCGAAGCUGGACGGCGGUCUGUUGCCGAACUCAGGAAUACACGUGUUCGCCGGCACUGCGCAGGACACGACAGUGGUGGGCGCUGGUGGUCGCGACGGCGUCGAUGCUGCUGCUGGCACCUUUGCCGCAGCAGCCGGCCACCGCCGCUGGACUGCCGCUGCCCACUGAGCCUCUGUCCACGAGUUGGCUUGCCAGGACCCGUAGGGACGAGAACGAGGGAAUCGAGAACAGACAUCGCACCGCGAAUGUGGGCUUCUACAUUGGCGACCCGUGCAACCAGACAUGCAGCCGCGUUCUGUACCACGUGUUCUGCAACGUCACCUCCCGACGCUGCGAGUGCAGGCCGGAGUAUCCUGUCAACAUCGAAAACAGACAGUGUGUCAAAGCUUCGUCGCUGGGCGGCCACUGCGACCACGACGAGGCGUGUGCCUUUUCGGUGACUCACUCGUCCUGCCAGAGCAACGAGUGCCGCUGCCUCGACGGACACGAGCCCGACGCACACGCCACAAAGUGCACGCCCACUCGCGGUGUGGCCAUCCUGGAAAGUGCCGAGCUGACAACCAUGGUGAGCGUCAUCGUGGCCUUGAUGGUGUUCACGGCGCUCUUUUGCCUCGUCCUUAGGCUCUUCAGCAAAGCCCGUUUCGGCACGUCCGGGCGUGAUCGCAUGGGCGACGCUGCCUCGCCGCCCCCGGGACCCGCCGUGCUCAGCUCCGUGGACGGGUCCCUCGCUCAGGCGCCGGGCACCAAGGGAGGAGGGCCCGGGUCGCGGCGCACUUCCCGCAACUCGGUGGACUACGCGGCCUCGCGUCGGGCCAGUUGCGGCAUGCUCGCGCCGCCCGCGGACUCGCAGAGCUGUUCCCGCCGCGCAAGCGGCUCCUCGGUCAGGUCGCAGACCUCGCAUCGGUCGGCGGCUUCCAACAGGAGCGGCUCGCUGUCCAGGGUCGGCUCCAGGCAGACCCCGGCAGCGGGGAAAGGCACCGAGGGCUCGGCCGCCGCCGUCGCCGCGGCCGCUGCUGCACCCACCGAGGUGUCGGGCAUCGGGGACGAAGACGAACGGGUCCCGCCGGCGCCCCCGCCGGCCACCGUCGGGGGCCAGCAGAGGAAGCCGCCGCACGAGCCCGCGCGCGGGUCCGCCUCGUCGCCGAUGGACGCGGCGCGCGCGGACCCCGCGGCCGAACAGCCCAUCACGCGACCGCUGCGGUCGCCACUCUCGCAUGACGUACGCGACAAGGAAGUCACCGGCUACGCAACGGCUCCAAGUUUUGAGUAACCGGCAGCACACAACGUUUGGGGCACCGUAGCGUGGAGGCGUAGCCAGUUACGUCGGAAGAGCGUGACGUCAACAAGUGGCGCAAGUGUCAUGGUCUGGGCCGCCGACGUCACGGACAUUGCGAGCACACGCGCACGUGGUGCUCAAACCAUGCGAGAGUUCGUCCACGUAGGGACUGUAUAUAGAACCGGCACAAUAUAGAACGGUAGAGUGCCAGCGUAAUAGGAGUCGCAAGACGUGAAGGUGAAGUUGUCGAUGGCGUCACGAAUCACGUGAUCGGCAGAACGCGCGAGAACCAGUGAAAGUGAGAGGGAGACGCUGCUUUGCUUACGCUGACCGCGCGUGUGCGAGAGGGUAUGCCGACUUAUUUUGAGGAUUGAAAGGGAACGCGUUGAUUGCCGCUGACAUUUUGUAGCUGCGGCGCGCUGUUAGUUCUCUAGCGAAGAAUCUAAUAGUGAGUGCCGUAGUAAUGACAAAGCACACACGGCGAUAAAUAACAGCAGCCGAGCUGAGUGAAAUUGUUGAUAAAGGGUCCUUAGACGUAUUUUGCGCCAGUCGAAAAAAUUCAGAAGUGGCAUGUUGCACCGGGUUUGACGGUGAUGCGCAGUCGUUUCCAGUGGCAGGAAGAAUGAAGGAGAGAUCAAAACGUUGGGCCAAUGCAUGAAAUCACCACCCUUCUUGGGGGAAGUAUACAGUGAAGUGUCACGAGGGAAUUCAUUCAUUAGUCAUCUUUGCGACUAUUGACACGUACGUUAGCACUCGCCGUAAACAAUGACCAGUUGAUCUUAGAAUAGCAACAACUAUACAUAAAGUACAGCGGUGCGAUGACACAGAAGUGCCCGUGCCCCAAGCUUUACAACAUGAGAGGCCACCAUUCCUAAAUUAAGCGAAUGCACGGGAAAUAAGUCAAAAGCGUUCCUCGCAAAAUGUGUUUGAGCUACAUUAUAUGUGCAUCAGUGACUCAGAGCGCCUUGCAAGAAGUUGUUCUUAGUGAUAUAAUUUCAAGAAGCAACAAUUCUAUAAACUUUCUGCCUCGCAGGAUUUUUAAUACUAUGCACACCUCCUGCUAUUCCUUUCAUUUAUUUCAGUAUUCCAUUAUUUCUUCAUCAAGACAAAGCCGAUGCAGAAAUUGUUAGAAAAAUGAUGUGUGAGUCGGUCUCACAUGGCAGAAUUGUUCAAGAAAUGCACUGAUUGUGAACAAAGGUCCGGUCUGGGAGCCGAAACAUAUUUUUAUGAACUUCGUAAUCUCGAUGUUGUUUAAUUUAUGAUUUUUCCCUGCUAGACGAGCUUUCAUCAGACUCUUGCUUUUAUCGGAUGCUUUGCGCAGUUUGUUAUUGUUUCAUACCCUGCUUGUUCAACCAGCUAAUCUGUGUUACCCUAAGUUCUUUCUGUGAUUUGAAGAAGUAAAAUAUUUAACAAAUAUUG